GCCAUUAUCAACGAGGUCAAUCGGGACUGUGGUCAAUGGGGACCGUGGCCAUUAUCAACGAGGUCAAUCGGGACUGUGGUCAUUCGGGAUUGUGGUCAAUUGCAACGUGGUCAAUCGGAACGUGGCUUUGACUAUAUAAGUAUGGACUGUUAGCAGUCUCAUUUGUCCUACGUUUUCGUGUAUCCAACAUCUGCCGCGCUACAAGGUACCAAACGGGAGAGCGGCGAACUAAAAUGCAACGCCAUGCUUGUUUCGUAUGCAUCAAGCCUGUCGGUAACUGACGGUGUUGCGUAAUUGUAAUUCCCGAGUUUUAUUGUAAAUCGCAGUCUGUCGACUAAUUCUUAAUAAAAUGGUGGUGUAUUGUUACGUCGAGGGAUGUACUUCAACCCUGUAUAAAAAAAGUCUCAGGAGAAUCAAGAACCAGUGUCAUUUCAUAGAUUUCCAAGUGAUCCAAAUCUCCGUGCUCAGUGGAUUAAGGCUCUCGUAGAAGAUCUGCAAUCUGCAUUUCAGAAUGCAGGAUGUUGAAAAGACGGGAUUCAUGCACUUGCGUUUGAAACCAAAAUCAGUACCAUCAAUAUUUCCAAAUGCAAGGAGAGAGAGUAAUGCAAUUUGUCAGCUAGUUGAAGAUCCAAAUCUCAAAGCCUCUCAGUGCAACAAUGCAUUGCUUACUGAAGCGGUUGAGAUUGUACAAUCUGUACUUCCGAUUCCUGGUAAAUUAGUGAAUUAUGAGGAAUUUGAUCAGCAUGGAGUAACAGAUGAUCAACAGGAAACUGAAAUUACAAUAGAACAAAUGUUCGCGACUCCACAGAAGAGGUUACGAUACACAGAAGAUGAACCUAUAUCCACGACUCCAAAGAAGACGGUGCGAUACCCUGGAGAUGUACUGAGUGAUAAGAUUCCCGAUAUGUCCCCGCACACAAUGACUAACAAGGAAGGUUAGCCAACCCGGAAAUUCAGAAAAUUCUGAAACUUUGUGUGCAUAUAGAGUAGUUUAUCCGUAACAUAAAACUAUUUUUUUUUCGUGCUGAAUUACAGUUCAAGGGGGUGAAAUCACCCCUUGAAGAAAAAUGUAGGUAUUUCCAUUUUGCGAAAUAACUGCCAAACCGUGAGAGAUAUACAAAAAAAGUUUAUACAAAAGUUGCAUCUCUUUUUUAUGUCUACAAAGCUGUGUACGGAUAAGUAUCGAAAAAUUAAUGCUUUUCUAUUUAUCCCCUCCACCACCCCUUAAAAUUGAAUUUUUUUACUUCGUAAAUUUACGUCAAAGUACUUCCUCCUGACCUCUUUUCAUACGUCAUAAUCAAUUUAUGUCUGUUAUAUUAAAAAAAAUAAAAUAAAAUAAAAACCUUAAAAGAAAAACUCCGAUUCCCAAUUCCGCGCGUUUUAGCAGUUUAAUUAUUAAAAUAAUUUUAAAAAGUAAUAUUUAAAUUUCUCGUACCGUUGAUUGUAUAAUAGCCUCUUGGUUAAUGCGGAAAACAGAAAUAAAAUGUUUGGUAAAAUAAUAUUCACAACUGUUUAUUAAAGCAACUGUAUAUAUGAUAUAAAAAUAUAAAUCACACGGGAUAAGUCGAUAAGG